AUGGAGCGUGAAGGGGAGCAGAAGAAAGGUGAAUCAUCAAGCACUUUAGCUGCAGACGAGCGGAGAUUCAAGCUCAACUGCUUGGAAGACUUCCUGCAAUAUGCCAUUGAGGCAGGCAUUGCAUUCGUGAAACCCCGGUUCCUGGUCAGUCUUGAUGAAGCCGGCGGGGUGUGGCCAAGAAGGCAGGAAGCGGAGCAAUUGCCAGGUGCUUUGUACCAUCCGCAUAGGGAAGACAAGUUCUUCAAGUUCAUCGCCAUUUCGCACGUGUGGGAAUCACGUGAGCAUCCUGACCCGUAUGGGUUCCAAUUGAACAGGAUUGCAAAUGCAGUUUGCUAUCACCAAGUUUUGGACAGCGCAGUACUUUUCAUCGAUUACAUGUCACUUCCCCAGUUUGAGCGCCAGGGGGACGGUGAGGAAUUGUCGUUUCAGCGCAGCAUGCAGCACAUGCACCUUCUUUAUGCCAACGGCAGUGCUGACUUCUGCAUGGGGGUGUGGCGGAUCCCGUGCCUGUCUCCGUGCCCUCGCCUGCACCGAUUUGUCUAUGGCACACUUAUGGGCUGCAGCAUUCCGGUGUACAGUGCGCCUGUGCAGGGCGUGGUGAAUGUGCCGUUGAGCAAGUUGGUGCCCUCCGAAGGGGGGAGUUGUGGAGAGUUCUGCAGCCAGAACACAUGCCCGAAUCUCCAUGCCAACCGAACACCGUAUGUGCGCCGUGGAUGGUGCCGUGCAGAGUUGGAGUGGGCACGGCCGGACACACUGGACAUAUCCAGGUAUGGACAACAUUGGAGGUAUCUUGCACUGUGUGCCCACAGGCUCAAUCGGCUCUGGACAGAUUUGGAAGAUAGGAUCAUUGGUGAUCAGCAAAAUCGUGCGGCGUUUGGGGAGGGUGCUGAGAUGACUACGAUGAUGCGCCUGGCCAUGGUGAAAAGGGCAAGGUGUCGUGGAACAACUUUGAUGUGUGUGUGCUGCAUGUAUAUCCUCUGGAAAUGUGCGCAGUAUGUGCUCACUGUCAGCCUUUUAUCCUGUGUUCUUGCAUACUGUAUAUUCAUCACACACGCAUUGCAGGCGUCAACCACUCUACCUCUUACUCCGGAUGCAUUUCAGAAAGAGACAGAGGGCCAACUUGUGUUCACGCACAGGUCGGAUGUAAAACCCGUUCUGCGUCUGCAAAAGCAGCUAUUCAUCCAGAAGAGCCAAGACGUGACAUCCUUAAGUUGCGAAUGGCUGUCCAGACGCCAGUCUUCCGAACUGCUCGGUCUUCUGUUGCAGUACAGCAGCUUGCGCAGCUUUAACUUGGCGAAGUCGAGCUUGGAAUCUGCCGUCAGCUUGGAUCUACUGACGUGUCUGAUGAGCAGGACGAGUUUGCGCCAACUGACCUUGGACUGUGUGGCCCUGAACGUCGCAUGUGUCGAGGUCGUGGCUCAUGCCCUCCAGAAUGGUAGUCUUCUAUACAAGCUCAGCCUUGCAGAUGCUGGCUUGGGCGAUGCCGAGACCGUACUGCUUGCGGACUCUCUGCGCGCCAACAGUACUUUGUGCAUCCUGGAUUUGAGAUGUAACAGAGUGGGAGACAGCGGGGCUGCAGCCUUGGCUGGUGCCAUGGUGGUGAAUCGUAGUCUGCGAAGCUUAGAUUUGAGCUUCAACUGCAUCGGAAUCGCCGGAGCUUCCUGCUUUGUUGCAGAUGAUGUGUUGCGAGUGAGAUCCGCUGUUGUCGAAUACCGAAUGACGAGCCCAAAAGCGGGGCUGGCACUCGAUCGCUUCGCAGGGUUCGUCAUGUGGAUCGCAUUCCCCAAGACACUGGUGUUGUGCCUCCGCUCUGUGCAAGACAGUGUGUUCUACUCUGCAGACCGCAGCAGCAUCCGUUUGCAGUUGGGCUACAUGUCCUUUCUGAUGUUGGGCUUGCCGAUCCACCGCCUGGCAGCAUUCUCCUGCGGCAUGGUUGUCAGGCUCCGCCAGGGCAUCGCCCGCUUUUUCGCAAGCCUCCGGCGUCGCGGUGAAGCAGAUGGUCGAGAUUCCGAAGACUCAGAGUCUGUGGAGUACAUGGCAUUUUCUGAUUCCGAGGGCUAA